AAAAAUAGAUAGGAAUAAGACUGAGGAAGAAAGAUUGGAAAACCCUAACUCUAAAAUAUCGCGAUAAAUCAAAUAAACUCUCGCAUCUGCUGCCUCCGCUUCUCUCUCCGUCGAGAAGACCAAUCCUUCUCUCUGCUAACAUACUGGAGAAGAGAACUUCUUUACUUCAUUAUGGUUCGAGAAAAAGAUGUAUGUUGGGAAUAUGCUGAGAAAUUAGACGGAAAUAAGGUAAGAUGCAAAUUUUGCCUGAGAAUUCUUAACGGCGGAAUCAGUAGAUUGAAGCAUCAUCUAUCCCGACUUCCAAGUAAAGGGGUAAAUCCAUGUAGCAAAGUAAGAGAUGAUGUUACCGACAGGGUUAGGGCUAUAAUACAGUCGAAGGAGGAGGUCAAAGAAAUGCCUAGUGCUAAAAAACAGAAGCUGGGAGAAGCCAAACCUCCUGCAAAUAUCCCUGUCAGUAGAGCUCUUAUGACAAUGGAAGCAGCAAACCCGAUUGCAAAAGUCUUCCCGACUGUCACACCAGUGGCCUCGUGCUCUUCAAACAACCAAGAAAAUGCAGAAAGAAGUAUUGCUCUUUUCUUUUUUGAAAAUAAGCUGGACUUUAGUGUUGCCCGGUCUUCGUCAUAUCAGCUAAUGAUUGAUGCAAUAGCAAAGUGUGGUCUGGGGUUUAGUGGUCCAUCUGCGGAAAUGUUGAAGACUACAUGGUUGGAUAGGAUCAAAUCUGAAGUGAGUUUGCAGUCAAAAGAUAUUGAAAAAGAAUGGGCUACCACUGGUUGUACUAUCAUUGCAGACACAUGGACUGAUAAUAAAUCUAGAGCUUUGAUUAACUUCUUGGUCUCUUCACCUUCUAGAACCUUCUUUCAUAAGUCUGUGGACGCAUCCUCCUAUUUCAAGAACACUAAGUGCCUUGCCGAUGUGUUUGAUUCUGUUAUUGCAGACUUUGGUGCAGAUAAUGUUGUUCAGAUAAUCAUGGAUAGUAGUUUCAACUAUACUGGGAUUGCUAGUCAUAUCCUGCAAAACUACGGAACCAUUUUUGUGUCUCCUUGUGCUUCUCAGUGUUUGAAUUCCGUCUUGGAGGAUUUCUCUAGAGUAGAUUGGGUGAACAGAUGUAUCUUACAGGCACAAAUUAUAUCAAAGUUUAUAUACAACAAUGCGUCAAUGCUUGAUCUGAUGAAAAAGUUUACUGGGGGACAUGAACUUAUCAAGACUGGUAUCACCAAGUCUGUGUCCACCUUCCUUACAUUGCAAUCUAUUUUGAAACAAAAAUCACGCCUGAAACAUAUGUUUAACAGUCCUGAGUAUUCUACCAACUCCUCUUAUGCAAAUAAACCUCAGAGCUUAUCUUGUAUUGCAAUUGUUGAGGAUGGAGAUUUCUGGAGGGCAGUGGAAGAGAGUGUGGCCAUUUCUGAACCUUUCCUUAAAGUUUUGAGGGAAGUGUCGGGAGGGAAACCUGUUGUUGGUUCUAUAUACGAGUUAAUGACUAGAGCCAAGGAGUCAAUAAGGACGUACUACAUAAUGGACGAGAAUAAAUGCAAGACUUUUCUCGAUAUUGUGGACAGGAAGUGGCGGGAUCAACUCCAUUCUCCUCUACAUGCAGCCGCAGCAUUUUUAAAUCCUAGCAUACAGUAUAAUCCAGAGAUAAAAUUCCUUGGAUCGAUAAAAGAAGACUUUAUUAAUGUCCUCGAGAAAUUACUUCCAACACCUGAUAUGAGACGUGACCUCACCAAUCAAAUUAUAACCUUUACGAGGGCUAAUGGGAUGUUUGGUUGUAAUUUGGCAAUUGAGGCACGAGAUACAGUUUCACCUGGACUUUGGUGGGAACAAUAUGGAGACUCCUCACCAGCAUUGCAAAGAGUUGCCAUUAGAAUACUGAGUCAAGUUUGCAGUAGUUUCACUUUUGAGAGGCACUGGAGCACAUUUCAACAGAUUCACUCUGAAAAGCGCAAUAAGAUUGAUAAAGAGACGUUGAAUGACCUUGUCUAUAUACAUUACAAUCUCAAAUUAUCAAGGCAACUGAGAACUAAGUGUUUAGAAGCUGAUCCCAUUCAAUUUGAUGAUAUUGAUAUGACUUCAGAUUGGGUUGAGGAGAAUGAUACCCCAAGCCCUACUCAGUGGCUUGACCGGUUUGGUUCUGCUUUGGAUGGGAACGACUUGAAUACAAGACAGUUCAGUGCUGCUAUAUUUGGUGCAAGUGACCAUAUAUUUGGUUUGUGAUUGUGUAAGUGCAGCCUUCCUUAUCGGGCAACUUUUUAAACAAUGCCUUGUAAUUACAGUAGGAAAGAUAGACCUUACUCUGUUGUAUUUAUCGAUUAAAUAUACAAGUGGCUAUAUGCUUUACCUGAUGCUUGUGCUUGUCAUGAACAUUUGGCUUCAGAUAGGGUUUUCAUUUCAUUUUUUAUGAAGGAAGAACAUCAACAACAUUAUGCUUUC